UGUUAAGAGCUGGUUACCGUUUUGUUAGUUUUAGCCCUUCUGUCUCGGGCAACUUACGAACAACCAUGAGAUGAGAGCAGUUUUAUCUUCCCAACAAAAUUUCACAUUUAUCCUUCCCAUAAUCAUAUCCUCCUUUCUCCUUUAUUUCCUCUUUCGUGCUGAAAUUAAAAUUGCUCUACUUUUCAUAAUAAUAUCAAUGAGCCAAUGUUUGUUUAUAGUGGUGGCAUGUUUCUCGUCAACAUCUUUCAAUACCUUCCCAAGGGUUGUUCUUGAUCCGAAAACACCACUUUUGAGGUAAUAUUGUGGUAUUUUAUCGCUCACAUUAGCAUUUUAGGUUCGCACAUUCGUUUAAAUCUUGUUUAAUACAGUUUAUAAAACCAGACGAAUUAGUGAAUGUUUAUGACAUGUUAAGAAAACUUGAUUAGGAUUUGGUUGAUGCUGGCCUCAUGAUGGCCUAGAACAUCUUCAAGCCAUAAUUGCGGAGCAAUUUUUGCUCCUAUGGCUUUGUGUUCUUUGCCUCGAGAUUGAUUGAGGUCACGGUGUGAGAUUUAAUCAGAUUCUUGAAAAGCAAUGAUGGGUGCUAAUAAUCUUUAUCGAAUUCAAUCAAUGCCUGACACUUCAGCGGCAGCAAAAUUAACAGAAGACCCGUCAGCAGCGAAUAAGGCAGCAGAAUGCACGGUUACAUGCGUCUAUGAAACAAGGCUCUUCGAGGUUACCCGUAGGAUAAUGAUAACAUGGUCUAAAAAUUUGAUCAAUGUCUCUCUAAACAUAGCUGUUCAUAAUCCGGGUAAUGAAAAUGAGUGCACGUGCAAAAUUGAUUUUAAGCCAUGGCCAUUUUGGAGCAAAAAAGGGUUCAAGUCAUUCGAAUUGGAAGAAAAACGAGUAAAUGUAUAUUGGGAUCUUCGUUCAGCGAAAUUCACAGGUAGUCCUGAGCCUUCAGCAGAUUAUUAUGUUGCAUUGGUAUCAGAAGAUGAGGUUGUUUUGCUGUUGGGAGAUAUAAAGAAAAAAGCAUACAAAAGAACCAAAUCUAGACCUUCAUUAGUAGAUGCUACAUUGAUUUAUAAGAAAGAAAACAUCUUUGGGAAGAAAUGUUUUUCAACAAGAGCAAAAUUUGAUCAAAACAGCAGAAAAGAACAUGAUAUUGUUGUUGAAAACUCAUUAACUGGUCCAAGAGAUCCAGAGAUGUGGAUUAGCAUUGACGGAAUAGUUGUAAUUCAUGUUACAAAUUUGCAAUGGAAAUUUAGAGGAAAUGAGACUGUCAUUGUUAACAAGUCACCCGUGCAAGUUUAUUGGGAUGUUCAUGAUUGGUUAUUCGGUAAUCCUUCAGGUCAUGGGAUGUUCAUCUUUCGUCUUGGCAGGCCGGAAUAUAGUGCAGGUGGUAGUGAGACUUGUGAUGGUAGUAGUGCCCGUGGUACUGAUACCUAUGUAUCUGCAGACAGCCGACCGACAACUACGCCUGAUUUCAGCCUCUUCAUAUAUGCAUGGAAGAUUGAAUGAACAAGGGAUGAUGAGUGAAUCCAUUCUUCCAUUAAAUUUUUCUUGCUCAUUCCAAUUCCAAAUGUCUGCACCCUUGUGUGGAAUAUUGAUGCUUAUUUGUAAUCUUGUGCAGAAGGAAUUCGUGUUUGGACGAAUAUUUUCUUAUUCGAGUAAUUAACAUGGACCGGUAUAGUUGUUGGAAAACGAUUAAUAAAAAUUGAUUUUUAAUGGUUUUAAUAAAAAUAAUAAUUUAUUGUUUU